UUAGUACUCUUUGCUCUCUAUGUAAUUUUUGACAGUUGGUACACUGCGUUUUCACGCCAUCUAUCGGCUUACCCAAAAGCUCAACUGACAGCUGUCAAGGAAAACGGCUCAUUGUGAUUUAUUCCAUAGAUAACUAUCUUACCGAUUUUUCUAUUUGAACUCAGGAGAGAUGAAACAAGUAUAUGCAGACACUAGUGCUAAAGCAGGACAGACUACUAUUUCGAUUUUCAGUGUCAACUGUCACUGUCAAGCAAAGAGCAAUCAAGCCUCACUGACUGUUUGGUUCAAAAAGCCACACAACAAAAAAUACAGUUUGGUUGUUUCGAUUUUGGUAUUUUUGAAUCGCAAUGGAAUCACAAAAAAGAGAGCGUUCGGCAAAUUUUAAUAAUGCUGAAGUUACUGUGUUAGUAAGUUUGGUAGACAAAUUCAAACAUAUCAUAGAAAACAAAAAGACCGAUGCUGCAACAAAUAAAGAGAAGGAGACUGCAUGGAAGAAAAUUGAGUUAUCUUUUAACUCCAGUGGUAUAACCACAAGUGUCCGCUCAUGGAAAACCCUUAAAUUAAAGUACGAGGGCAUCAAAAAAACCAUGAAGAAAAAGUCUUCCCUGCAAAGGCAGGAGAUGUACAAAACUGGAGGUGGGCCCUCAAAUGCACCUCCAUUUAACGAUGUAGAAGAAAAGGUGUUAGGCAUUUGCUCCAACAUUAAAGGACUGGAAGCACGUCACGAUAGUGACACUAUAAAAAUGCCAAGUGAGGAAGUUAUUUUUGAAACAUUUAAAAUUUGCUCCACUACACCAGAAGAUGAAACAGAGAAUACUACUCAAGCUACUGUUUCAAUACCAGAUAUGAAUGAGUCGUUCAUUCUAGAUGUGAAUGAGGUGCUCAUCCCAGAAAUGAUCAUUGAGGACAAUGAUUCUCAAAAAGAAAAUAAAUGGGACAGAUGGCACCCAAAAACAUUGAAAACCAAGGUGUCGCGUGUUUUAAAACCGGAUGCUACUAAACAAAGUGUAACGUCCAAACUGGAUAAAUUAGGUUCAGCUCGCUUGGAAUUAGUGCAGCUGCAGAUAGAAACUGCAAGAAAUCAUUUUAAAAAUCAAGAGGAGGAACAUAAACUUAAAAUGGAACAUUUAACCAAUGAUGAGAGAAGGAAGGAAGAAAUUCAUGCACUUCUGAUUAAAAAAAUGAGUUGUGGUCCUGCGUCUAGUGACAUGAUUUAG